UCCCGGGAUCGUUUCGUGUGCAAGGGGGGUGUCCUAACAUUCGCUAGAACGUUUUCGAAAGGUACUAGGGAAAUCUUUCGGACAGCAGUGUGUGCACUUCUGGAAGACGUGGAUAAGCAUUCGAGAGGAAGCAGAGAGGACACUCGCAUGAUGGAGAGGACGCGGCGGAGUAUACGGAAGACAACUUUAAUCUUGUUGCUGCCUUUGCUAUUAGCUAGGGUAAAAUGCGAAGCUCCACUGGUCGACAGCAGCGCGUUACCACUGGAACACAGGUCGGUUUACGGGCCACCGGCACAAUAUGGCCCUCCAGCAACCCACGGGGCCGAAGAGAAUUGGCCCCUGGCGUCUCCCGACACUCCCCAGAUAAAGCACCUGCAAGUUCAAUGCGAAAAAACGCACAUGCGAGUGAACAUCGAGUUCGACAGGCCGUUCUACGGAAUGAUAUUCAGCAAAGGUUUCUACUCGGACCCUCACUGCGUUCACUUGAAGCCCGGCACGGGUCACCUGAGCGCGACCUUCGAGAUCUUCCUGAACUCUUGCGGCAUGAGUUCCUCCGCUAACCACAACGUGGCGGCGUAUGGUGCACCCACGCCGUCCGGUAGCUACGUGGAAAACACCAUAAUCGUUCAGUAUGACCCAUACGUGCAGGAAGUGUGGGAUCAGGCUAGGAAAUUACGGUGCACCUGGUACGACUUCUACGAGAAGGCCGUCACCUUCAGACCGUUCCAGGUGGACAUGUUGCAUGCGGUCACUGCUAACUUCCUGGGAGACAAUCUGCAGUGCUGGAUGCAGAUACAAGUGGGCAAAGGACCUUGGGCCAGCGAGGUGUCGGGUAUAGUCAAAAUUGGACAGACCAUGACCAUGGUGCUGGCUAUUAAGGACGAUGAGAACAAGUUCGAUAUGUUGGUGAGGAACUGCGUUGCUCAUGAUGGAAAGAGGGCUCCUAUUCAACUGGUCGAUCAGUAUGGCUGCGUUGUGAGGCCCAAGAUUAUGUCCAGGUUCCAGAAGAUAAAGAACUUCGGACCGAGCGCGUCAGUAGUCAGCUUCGCCUACUUCCAGGCCUUCAAGUUCCCUGACAGCAUGAACGUCCACUUCCAAUGUGUCAUACAAGUGUGUCGCUACAAUUGUCCCGAGCCAAAAUGUGGACAUCCUGGGCUGGAGUACGGUGCACCCGCUGCUGGUCUAACUCAGGAGUACGGUACACCAGUGCACCAGAACCUUGGUGCGGAAUAUGGAGCACCACCAGUACCUGAAUACGGUAUACCUCCUGGUUUUGCUGAUCCUCGACAUCCCAGUGGACCUGCUGGGGCUUACAGCGAGCCAAAUGCGGACGUAGUCCCAGCACCACAAGCGCAAACCUCAUCCUCCUCGCCGAGUUCGACGCCGGGUGACGCGACGGCCAGCAGCUCGCCACAGAGUCCGCAGGAUAACAUUCACCUUCCUCCACCUCCACUUCCUGGUCACCCAGCAGCGGCCUACCAGACCGUGAAGAGAAAGGGAACCGCCGGGUCCGAGGAGCUCGAGGGUAACCUAGCCACCCUCGGAGGUCGGCCGAGGUCGGUUGAAGGUUUUCCAGCCGAGCUUAGGGGUGCCAGAAGGCGAAGGUCGGACGACCACGAAUUGCUGGAAGACGAUGAUUCCAGUAUCUACCGAACGGUCACCGUGUUCUCCACCCACGUGUACAAACGCGCAGCCCAAGAGAUGACCGACGUGAACACCUCGAGGACGAUUCAGGUGGUCGCUCCGGGCGACGUGAACUUCGCCCUGGGCACGACGAACUCCAGCAACGACACGACGGUGGUAAUCCAGAACGCAAGUGCCUCGGCCGACCCCGAAACGAUCUGCAUGAGCCUGCCUGGUUUCGUGGGCGGUUUGGUGAUGCUUCUUCUCGUGGUGGUCGUCGCGUCGCUGGUCGCUGCGUUCCUGUUCGUCAGGGUGCGCGCCAUGGACCGGAAGAACGUCGGCGUGGCCGGAAGCGGCUUCGUACAUCCGGCGUACGCAACGGAGAACUGCAGUGUGCCGAAUCCGGAAUUCGUCAAAGUGGCCAACUGAGAGAUAACGCGACAAAUUGGGACUCGGUGAACCGAUUAUCUCGAGGAUGGCCGAUCGCGAGGAUCAACCGUGCUUGGAAUAUGUCUCAUUCAGAUUUUCACGCUCGAGUUACCCUCGAACAUUCUUUUCGUUCUCUUUCGUCGUCCUUUCGAUCUGUCCUUCUCUACUUUCCCGGUCUACUCUUCUCCGAUUAAACAGUCGAUCUUACCGCGUGACCUUUACCGACCGAGUCUGCUUGAAGGAACGGGCAGAAUGUUCGGGAACCGUGUAAAUAAACGCAGUAGAAAAUGCGACAGAGAUACAGAAAAAGGAGAACGAAUCAAAGAAUCGAUUGAACGGUGGUGUUGGAGGACGGGCCAUCUUGCUGUUAGUUUCGUUGCGGGGAUGAUAAAAAUCUUGUUUCAUAAAAUCUUGUUUGAUCAACUUUUGUAAGGACGCAUCUGGAACGAGGAAAUAAGACCUCGCUUUGGUGAAUUCAGUGCACUUUUAGUUUGAGUACUGAAUUGACUCACAACUUAAAUCGCGUCGCAUGGAAUCACAGUAACUCUUAUUUACUCUCCAACUUUAGCAAGAUGGCGGACGAGCACUUGUUCUCUUAAUCAAAAGUUCUUAGACAUCUCUCCUUAAACCUCAAACCUAUUUUUCGAAGAACAUCCUUGUGUACAUCACAAGUGUCUCCAAUAUCCAGAACAGACAUAACCUAACAAUCAACCAAACCUAACCUUGCAAAGACGGUGGAGCGUCCUCCAACAUGAUACGUUUCGAACCGGAUUUCGUGACACGUCGUGAUCAUUGUUAGGAAUAAAGUUAGCCUAAAUCGCAGUAAAUUAAUGAACGAUCGCGAUGCGUUGCGAGGACGAAGGUUCGUCGACGAUCGCCAGAGCAAUCUCGGAGGGCAUUGUAAAUAAGCCGGAAGUAGUCAGACGGCCCUUCAAGACGCGACUUUCAAUCACGAAAAGCGUGUACACUCGAUUAUUUAAUGUUUGUUUGUAUACAUCGAAAGGUAUUCCCCUUUUUUAUUUCUUCCCAAACAUCAUUGUACCUCAUGUUUUCGCGUCGUCUUUAAAACUCGCGAUGAUGAUUGAAGACGAUGUUUAUUUAUUAUUCUUCGCUACAUUGUUUCUAACUCCUCUUCCCUUUCGAACGAUCUAACCCUUAAUUUAUUUAUCGAAAUUCUUGUCGCGAUAGUUUCACUUCUUCUUUUUUUCUUGGUCCUUACCUUUCCCUCGCUUAGUACUUAAGGAAAUAUUCCUCGGAACGAGGAAUGUGUUUAAAGUAUGUGUCUUGAGCACACAGAGAACGCGCAUGCGCGAGCUAAGUGUCGCGCAUGCGCGAGCUACAUUUGUAUACACUGUUAUACUGGCGCGAGGAAUGUAUACACUAAGACAAGAUUUGAUUACUUCAUAAUUAUUUUAAUUA